ACGUAGUUCAGCUCGUGCCCCUGCCCCUGCCCCUGCCCUUCGUUUGUAUUCUCUUCUCUCUCUUGUGGUUUCUUCUUCUUUUCUCACCUUGUGGUGUUAUUUUCUUUGUCUCUAUCCAUCCUUUCUAUACUCUUUCUUAAUUUCCUCAGAUUUGCCUCUUUUUCUCGAUCGCCCAACUGUAUUCAUUUCUUCAGGCAACCAUGAGUGACGUCGGAGAAAAGACUUGUCCUCUCUGUGCUGAGGAGAUGGAUUUGACAGAUCAACAAUUGAAGCCUUGCAGAUGUGGCUAUGAGAUAUGUGUUUGGUGUUGGCAUCACAUAAUGGACAUGGCUGAAAAGGAUGAGACAGAGGGUCGGUGUCCGGCAUGUCGUCUCCCUUAUGACAAGGAAAAAAUUGUUGGGAUGGCUGCAAAGUGUGAGAGAUUGGUGGCCGAAGUCAAUAUGGAGCGGAAGAUGAAGUCACAAAAGUCUAAGAUUAAAACAUCUGAAGGGAAGAAGCAACAGCUCAGCAGUGUUCGAGUGAUUCAACGAAAUCUUGUUUACAUUGUUGGGCUGCCGGUUAAUUUGGGGGAUGAGGAUCUUCUUCAGCGUAGAGAAUAUUUUGGUCAGUAUGGGAAGGUUCUAAAAGUAUCUAUGUCUCGUACAGCAGCUGGUGUCAUUCAGCAAUUUCCAAACAAUACUUGUAGUGUAUAUAUUACUUACUCAAAAGAGGAGGAAGCUGUUAGAUGUAUCCAGUCUGUCCAUGGGUUUGUUUUGGAGGGUAAAUCUUUAAAGGCAUGCUUUGGGACUACAAAGUAUUGUCAUGCUUGGCUGAGAAAUAUGCCUUGCAGCAAUCCUGAUUGUCUGUAUUUGCAUGAAAUCGGCUCUCAAGAGGAUAGUUUUACUAAGGAUGAGAUUAUAUCGGCAUACACAAGGAGUAGAGUUCAACAACUUACUGGCACAACAAACAAUCCGCAACGACAUUCUGGGAGUGUAUUACCACCACCUUUUGAUGAUUAUUGCAUUACUAGUUCUGCUUCCACAGCAAAGCCCAUUGUAAAAAGUGCUUCCAAUAGUACAGCAAGUACCACUAAAGAUUCUCCUCCAAAUGGAAGCUCUAGUAGAUCUGCACCCCAACCUGCUGCACCUGCAUGGGGAAUCUGUGCUUCAAACCAACAGCUAGUAGCUUCUGCAGUAUGUUCUAAUGGACCUUCCAAGCAAAAACCUGAAGGCACUUUAGCAUUUUCUUCUGCAGUUGCAAAUACAACUCCUGCAUUUACAUUACAGGUUGAUUUAGUGAAAAAGCCAGCAUUAAAUGAGGAUAGGCAAAUUUCACAUUCUAAGGGCAAGGCAGAUUCGUUGAAAUCUUUGGGACAGCAUGUUGGCGUUGACUGCCAUACCUCUAUAGUAGAGAUACAUCCUACACCAGUUGGAGAGUCUUCUACAGUAAGGUUGAAUGGCCAGUUAUGUAGUCCACAGUUAUCCAAGUAUGGUGAUAAAGGCCUUAGUAUGCCUCCAAAUGUUAUAAGUACUUCAGAAAGUACUGAGCAUUCUUCUGUUUCUGGUCCUGAAAAUGAAGAGAAUGUAGCAAAAGAUAUUUUGAUGCAGAACUUAUGUUUUGAUAUGUCAGUAAUGAGCAUAGAUAGCAAUGUUAUAGAUGAACAGUCUGCUGUAAAUAGAUCUAGUAGUACACUUUUGGAUCCUGAAAUGAAUAAAUCUGCUGAGAGCUUUGGGUCACAUAUUCAGGCUGAUCAAUUUAGAGAACCUUUGAUGUCACCAACAAGUGGGAAUCCUGCUAUAUUGACAAAUGAUGUCUUUGUUUCAACAGAACAGUUUGAUUGGAGAAAAGGUCCUCAAACACAAGCAAUGACUGAUGCAAAUCCACAAGAAGAGGAAGAUGUCUUAUCUUUUGAUAGUCAAAGACUAAAAGAUCCAGAAGUUGUAUGUCGUUCAACUUAUUUGCCAAAUUCAGUCAAUUCAUUCCAUGUCUCAAAUCACGUGAGGUCUCAAUCUUUGCAAUACAGUGAGGCGUUUUCUGCUGUUAAUUUAAAUUCUGAUCCUCAAUUUGUAGAUAAUAAAGUCAGUGAUGGUUCACGUCUACAUUCAUCUAGCAUUUCCUCGAUAUCAAAUGGAUACCCUGAGAAGUUGUUUAGGAGUUCUACUGGCUUUGAAAGGACUGUAGAGCAUCGCUUUUUGCUUUCACAUGAGGGUAAAGGGAAUCCCAUGGGAAGGAUACAAGGUGAUUCUAAUAUCAACACUGCUGUAGAUAGAAGAGAGAACAACAUUAUCUCAAAUCUAUCGUCUAUGGAUUUUGAUGCAUGGGAGGGCCGCCCCUUAGCUUUUCAUCCGAAUUUGUCUAAGUUAGGUGAAGCCGAUAAAGAGCAUAGUUCAGUUGUGUCGAGUUCCUGGAAAGGACAAAAUAACAAUCAGUCCAGAUUCUCUUUUGCGAGACAGGAAGAAAUAAAGAAUCAAGCAUUUGAUGUUGAGCGAUCUUUUAGUGAUUUUGGUCAGUUGCCAAAGACCCACUCUUUCACCCAGGAUGUUGCUGAAAAUAGGGAGCGAUUACUAGAUAAGCUUAGCAUUCGUAAUGGCUCUUGUCCCAGUAUUUUUGAAGAAUCUGACAAUUUUCCUACCAAUCCUUCAAUGUUCUCUUCUAAUAAGCUUUCUGCAGUUUCAAGAUCUCAAAUUUCUGCUCCGCCUGGAUUCUCAGUUCCAAGCAGAGCACCUCCUCCGGGCUUUUCUUCUCAUGAGAGAGUGGAUCAGCCUUUUGAUGCACUUUCUGGAAACCAUUUUCUCGACUCUUCCUCCCUGUUGGGAAAUCCUUAUCAGACACAGCAUGCUGGAAAUUUCAGUAGCACUGGGGAUAUUGAAUUUAUGGAUCCUGCAAUUUUGGCUGUUGGUAAAGGGAGACUUCAAGCUGGGCUUAACAAUCCUGGCUUGGAAAUGCGGUCUAAUUUUCCCCCACAGUUAAAUAUCUUAGAAAAUGAGGCAAGACUGCAGUUGAUGAUGCAAAGAUCUCUUUCUCCACAGCAGAACCUAAGAUAUGCUGGUGGAGAUGGCUUUAAUUCUCUUGGUGAUUCUUACGCCAUUUCUUCCAGGCUGAUGGACCAAUCACAAGUGAAUAGUCUAUCUCCAUUUUCCCAGCUAUCCAUCGAACAGUCUAGAAAUUCCCUAAUUUCAAAUGGCCACUGGGACGGGUGGAGUGAGGUUCAGGGUGGAAACAGUUCAGGCAUGGCAGAGCUCCUUAGAAAUGAGAGACUGGGGUUUAACAAAUUUUAUACUGGGUAUGAAGAUUCGAAGUUUCGGAUGCCUAGUUACGGAGACCUAUAUUACAGAACAUUUGGGAUGUGAUUUGUCUUGGAAUCAAAUUUUAAUCACUUGAUUGGAAUGGUGGAUUACGGAAGAGACUUACAGAUCUCUGGGGAUUGGAUCGCAUAGCACUUCAGGAUGGGACAAAGUCAUAACUGGUCUCGUUGGGCAGGUUCCAGGGAUCAAACUCAUGGAAGAUGGGGCCUAAAAAUCGUGUCUGGAUACCAACAGAGGAGGUAAAUUAAUUAAAUUAUUAAUUUACUGGAUUUAAAAGUAUUGAUUCCCCAAAGUAUUAAUAGUUUAAAGGGACACAUGGUUGUGUUUCUAUGGCCACCUCAUUUCAAUUGAAAAUUACAGGCCUAUCAGGGUUACGCGGAUGGAUUUGUCUAAUACAGAGUAUGGUUUUGCAGGUUAGGUAAGUUGAGUUGUGAAGAUAAGUGUGUAUUGUGGAAUUCUGUAUGUAUAUGAUGACGAUUGAUAUGAUAUAAAACUAGUAGGUUGAGUCUCCA